AUAAUCACCCCAAAAAUAAAUACAAACAUCGAUAAUUAAGUGCAGAGAGAGAGAGAGAAGAGUUUCACAUCAGCGGUCAGCUUACCGCCGACGAUUCUGGAGCCGGAAUUCGUGAAAGAGAUCGGCAACAUCACAAUGCCGGCUGGCAGGGACGUGAAGCUCGCCUGUACAGUGAAAAAUUUAGGAUCGUACAAAGUAGCCUGGAUGCUGUUCGACCAGUCGGCCAUACUGACGGUGCACAAUCACGUGAUCACGAGGAAUCCGAGAAUAUCCGUGUCGCACGACAAGCACCGCACCUGGUACCUACAUAUCAGCAACGUCCAGGAGGAGGACAAGGGCAGGUACAUGUGUCAGAUAAACACGGCCACGGCUAAAACCCAGUACGGAUAUCUUCACGUCGUCGUGCCGCCGAACAUCGACGACUCGCAGAGCUCGUCCGACGUCAUAGUGCGCGAGGGCGCGAACGUGUCGCUGUCGUGCAACGCGAGCGGCAGCCCGACGCCGAGCAUCCGCUGGAAGCGCGACGACAACAACAAAAUCAACAUCAACAAAACCCUGUCCGUGACCGAGUGGCUGGGCAACACCCUGGAAAUAAGCCGCAUCUCCAGGCUGGACAUGGGCAAUUAUCUGUGCAUAGCCAGCAACAAUGUGCCUCCGUCGGUCAGCAAGCAGAUCAAGGUGUCCGUCGACUUGAAGGAGAAAGAAUUGUAUUUGCAAAAUCCCGAUAACUCUGAUGUUGAGAACUAG